CUUUAGUUUUAGAUAAAGUAUGCGUGCCAAGAAGUUGGUUGGAAUAGUUUCUGGAAGCGAUGAUGAUGAUCAUGAGAAAUCAAUUAAGGAGGGGUUGCAAAUAGUUCAAAUUCUGCAAGAUGGGGGAAGAUAUGAUGCUUGUCUUGUGGAAGUCAGUAAUCAAGGACCUUGGAGACUUCAUAAAGGAACAGAUAUCGCUGAGAUAGAUCAGAAUAAGUUCCAGGCAGUGAUCCAGGAUUUCAGGGUUAAGCCUGACGUUCUCUUGAUCCAGGCAAAGGGUAAACUUGGUGAGAGUGGAGACCUACAGGAGUACUUUGAUACCCAAGGAGUCCCAUUUUCCAACUCAGGAGUACCCCAAGCAAGAUUAACGUUUAACAAGUUUGAGUGUGGAAAUGUACUGCGUACAGCAGGACUACCUGUUGUACGGUCUGUACUGCUAGGGCAGAACAAGGAGUUUAAUGAAGAGUUCAAAACAAAAUUAAGUAAAGCAAUCAGACUUCCCUGCAUUGUCAAACCAAAUAAGAGCAGCAGUAGUUGUGGAAUUACAAAAGUUGUCGCCAGUGAGGAGCUACAAGAGGCCAUUACAACUGCUUUAAAAUAUGACGACGAGGUCAUUUUUGAGCCUGCACUUGUUGAGGGCACCGAGGUAUCCUGCACUAUUCAUGAUAUUACACAAGAUGACAUGCUUGAAGCAUUUCCAGUUACUGAAAUAACACACAGUGGGGAGUUCUUUCAUACGAAUUCUUCUCAACCCAAUGCAGAGAUAUCAACGCCAACUAAGACUUUAAGAGGAGAGGUGGUGGCUGAAGUUGUAAAAAUUGCCAAGCUCGCCUACAGAACCCUUAAACUCACUGGUCUGGCAUCUUUCGAUAUGAUUAUCCAGGACGAACUUCCAAUUAUACUGGAAGUGAACUCUGUACCACUCUUAGGUCCUAAUAGCUUGGUGGAAAGACAGGUUAAAGCAGGUCUAUCAAUGCAAUGGCAGAGAAAUAUUCCUAAAUUUUAUAAUUUACUUGUGGAACAUGCAGUCAGAACAUUUCCUCUCAUCAGGAUGAAGAACCAGAAGAAAACUGAGAAGAAAUAACACCAUACAUGUUUAGAUUUAGAAAAUACAAUUUUAAUUAAAAAUU